UCGUAUAGAGCGCUCGUGUGUUCGUGAUAGUGCGACAAAGUAUCGGAAGUCGGAACUGACGAUUUGGAAUUGGAAGCAGUGAUUUGUUUGUAGAUAAAGGUCCGGGGCGGGCGGGCACGAUGUUCCGCAGCGAGGAGAUGGUGCUGUGCCAGGUGUUCGUGCAGCCGGAGGCCGCCUACGUGUCCAUGUACGAGCUCGGCGAGGCCGGCAUCGCGCAGUUCAGAGAUCUGAACCCUCACGUGAACGACUUCCAGCGUCGCUACGUGACGGAGGUCCGGCGGUGCAGCGAGAUGGAGCGGAAACUGCGCUGGGUGAGCGGCGAGCUGCCCGAGCCACCGCCGCCGCCCAAACCCUCGCCCAAGAUACUAUCGCCGAGGGAGAUCAAUAUACUGGAGGAAAGGAUAGACUACAUAGAAUCUGAGAUACAAGAGAUGACCAAAAAUGCACUAAACCUAAAAACAGACUACCUAUCGUUGAUAGAACUGAAGAUACUAAUAGAGAAGAUGCAAACAUUCUUCCAAGACCACAGCGCACACAGGAAAAUAUCUGCAUCGGUACAGAUUUAUAAUAACGAAGGGGCUUUGGGUCAUCUCGGUUUCAUUGCCGGUGUAGUUCCGACCGCCAAAGUCGCGUCCUUCGAAAGGAUGCUGUGGAGGAUAUCACACGGGAAUAUAUUCUUCAAGCAGGCUCAGAUAGAAGAACCUUUGAAAGAUCCGGUUACUGGUCAUGAGUUACAGAAGACAGUGUUUGUCGUGUUCUUUCACGGCGAACAAAUCAAACUACGGGUGAAGAAGGUAUGCAACGGCUUCCAAGCGACGUUGUACCACUGUCCAGCCACGUACAAGGACCAAAAAGACAUGCUCGUGGGGGUCGAAUCGAGAAUAAAAGACUUGGAAAUGGUUCUAGAACAGACAGAGCAACACAGAAGGCUGGUUCUGACGAACAUAGCGCGGGAUAUCAGCACGUGGAUGGUAGCGGUGAGGAAGGAGAAGGCGAUAUAUCACACGCUCAACAUGUUCAGUAUGGAUAUCAUCAAGAAGUGCCUCAUAGCGGAGUGCUGGGUGCCCCGACCUGACCUGCACAUACUGCAGAAAGCGUUGGAUGACGGUGUGAGAGCUAGCGGUAGUCCAAUACCUUCGUUACUACACUAUGUGCCGACGCGAGAGACCCCGCCCACGUUCAACCGUACAAACCGCUUCACGCGAGGCUUCCAGGCCCUCAUUGAUUCCUAUGGAAUCGCUAGCUACAGGGAAGUCAAUCCAGCUCUCUACACCAUCAUCACAUUUCCAUUCCUGUUCGCCGUGAUGUUUGGAGACAUUGGCCACGGCCUCAUCAUGACCAUAUUUGCUGCCAUACUAGUUAUUAACGAGAAGAACUUCCAAAAGAAGAAAACGGACAACGAGAUAUGGAACAUAUUCUUCGGUGGUCGCUACAUUAUUCUACUGAUGGGAAUAUUCUCUAUAUACACCGGUCUUAUAUACAACGAUAUGUUUUCUAAAUCUAUAAAUAUAUUUGGAAGUAGUUGGAGUAACGUUUAUGACAACGAGACAUUGCGGAGUCGGAAAGAAUUUAAUUUGGACCCUAAAGAUUCUUACUCACAGGAACCUUACCCUAUCGGCUUGGAUCCGGCGUGGCAAUUUGCUUCCAACAACAUUAUAUUUCUAAAUUCCUUCAAGAUGAAGCUAUCCAUAAUAUUUGGCGUGAUACACAUGGCUUUUGGAGUAACACUAAGUGUGGUAAACUUCAAUUACUUCAAGAGAAGAGAGAUGAUACUUCUACAGUAUGUGCCACAGAUUCUGUUCCUGCUGCUGCUGUUCAGCUACCUUUGUAUUCUGAUGUUCAUGAAGUGGAUUAUGUAUUCAGCGAUUUCAGAAGACCCAGCUUACGGCACCUCGUGCGCGCCAUCAGUCCUCAUUAUAUUCAUCAACAUGAUGCUGAUGAAGUCGAGUGACGUGAAGGAACCGUGCAAAGCCUUCAUGUUCGACGGACAGGAGGUGCUGCAAAAGAUAUUCUUGGCGAUCGCCUUUAUUUGCAUACCGGUCAUGCUGUUCGGUAAGCCCGUGUAUCAGAUGCUGGCGGAUAAGAAACGAAAGCAACAAGGCAUAGAGAGUGGUGACGUGCCUGACCCGGAGCAUCCAGAGGAAGGCAUGGGUGAGGUGCUGAUCACGCAGGCGAUACACACCAUAGAGUAUGUGCUGGGCACCGUCUCGCACACCGCCUCUUACCUGCGGCUGUGGGCGCUGUCCUUGGCUCAUGCGCAGCUCUCCGCGGUGCUGUGGCAGCGCCUGCUCCGCAUGGGUCUCGGCGGGGGUUCCCCGGUCAACUCCAUCAUGCUGUACUUGAUAUUCGCGGUGUGGGCGUUCUUCACGCUAGCCAUAUUGGUGCUCAUGGAGGGACUGUCCGCUUUCCUGCAUACGUUGAGAUUGCAUUGGGUAGAGUUCAUGAGCAAAUUCUACGACGGUCAGGGAUACGUAUUCUUACCCUUCUCGUUCUCCGCCAUUCUCGAAAAUGACGACGAAGACGAGAAGACGAAGCCCAACGGCGCACCGCCCGAGUGACAAAAAGUUUAUACAGAGGACUAUCAACCUUAUAACCUUGAUGAUAGUGGACAAGUGCGGCGAAUUUGGCAUACCGAGAGCAGUCUGGGCUGACCAAUAAUCCAGAUCUCAUAAGUUCACCGAAAUGUACAAACGUAAUGAAAGCAAUAACGAUUAGAUAAGACACAUUUUACAUUAUAAUGGCAUUGAGGCUGGAGAUGUGCCUUUUAAUAGCACAUAAACAUUUCAAAUAAUAUACCUACUUAGGUUACGUCAUACGUGCAAAAUUACAUACAAUAAUUUACUUACCAUGAUUGUUUGCAAAUACAUAAUACGGAAUACCUUUACCUAUUAUAGUAGCUUAUGAAUACGUAUAGAGAGUCCAAGAUAAUUAACAAACGAAAUACUAAGUCUAGCACUCUGUCAAUAAGGAGCACGCCGCAUACACGAGCAAUUUUAAAUUGUCAAUAUCACGUAUUGCGUAAUAUUAUUGACCCUCUAGGGUUGAUAUAGAACAUCACGCGUAGUUUUUAUUAUUCGUAGAUCACGCGCCUAUAAUCUAAUUGUCAAAUAAACUGUUCAAUAAAAUUGAAGCGUGAUAAUAUUGUUCUUAAAUAAAAUAGCUCGUCUAGGGGGCCGGUUCGAUGAACUUGUGAUGCACUUGUAAUAUUUACACCAAGUCACAUCCAUUUAGAAUUCUCAAAUUAAAUUGACACUUUAGAUUUGCUACUGCAAAUAUCUUUAUGUUUUAUGCGGGCUCUACACAGCUUGCGGCGCGAAUUGCGGCCGCGACUCACGAACGCGGCGUCGCCGUGAACACGAUGCGUACAAAUACGAAGCCGCGAAGCGCAAACACGAAGCUGCGAAACCCUCCACACUCGCGGUUCGCGGCCUUCGCGAUGUUCGCGGGCUUUCGCGCCGCGAGUGUAGAGCCCGCAAUAUGAGUUUAUUUAGCCGCUUAGUAAAGUUUACCAUAUUAAGCUGCUAUUUGCUAACGACCAAGGGAUACGCUUAAAACAUACUCCAAAGACUUGCCUACAUGAAAUAACUAAGCUAGCGAUUUUUGGCAAAUUAUAAGACAUGUCACGUGGCCCAACGUGAAGAGUUGGCUUUAUACUCUUCAAGUGUUUAAUUAAUUUGAGAUUCUGAACUCGGUUGAAUAAAUCGAAGACAUUAAUAAUAUAUUCUAUUAGAUUUAACUUUGUUGUUUAUAUCUAGGCCAAAGAUUCAAUUGUUAGUUAUAAGUACAAUAUGUUUAGUGCCUUGUUAUUAUGAUAAUAUUAAAUUAAGAUAAGUUUUACCCUGCUGGUUUUUAACUGGUACAAUCCGACGGAUAAAAAAUAAAUAAAUCAGCCUGACCUAAAGCUGCUAAAGCCUCUUUCACUCGAGCCACAGAAUAUAUAUUAGUAGUACCACUUGAGCACAAAAAUGUUGGUAUCUCGUUUCCAUGCGCGUACUAAUAUUUUUAUAUUAUGUGUGUGAAAGUGAGAAGCAACUCUAGAUCAAUACCACAGAUAUAGAUCAAGAUAGACACCGCAUGUGUAUGUACUUCGCGUGCCA